UUUAUUCCUUCACUUCAGUUAAACGCUUCGCUAUAUAUCGGAUUGCAGAAAAUUUUCUCACAAGUAAAAUAGCAGCAAAACAGUUUAAAUCGGUCGUAAAAUUUAGCCAAUUAUUAUGUAAAGUAGAGUUUUGAGUGUUGCGACGCAUCUUGUAGUAUUAUUUUUGUGCGUGGAACUCAAUCCCGAGGCGAAUAAGUGAAUUUAUUUCAUUGUCCCAAAGGGUUACGAAGCAAAGAUGACGGAAAAAUAUAAGUCCUCUUUAUACAUCUAUAUGUAGCUGUGGUAGAUUUGACCCUGCUAUACGAUUGUGUGCGUGAAGUGUAUUCCCAGACGCGAAAGUUCAAUUGCGUGUGUUGACAAAUAUUACGCGAUAAAUAUGCUUUGAAAGUGUGGGCUUAUGACUGAAUGAUUACGGACUCAAUGCAAGCCGUGAUUGUGAAGGCACCGUGGUAGUGUGAGACUAUUUUGUUCAAACGAAAGACGCUGAACCUUUUAAUAGGUUGGAGAUUGCCUUGUUUUUGUUUAUAGCAUCUCUGUCGUGGACGCAAAAGAUAUUUGAAGAUCUGAGGUAGUAGGAGGUGAAACUAGAAAUCAGAGUGGAACAAUUCCAACAAAGAAAAACUUUCUCUUGCGUAUCUGACUCCGGUUGACUUUAGCAACGAAGUUUACUCGACGCAACAGCGGUAAUCUCGUAGAAUUACCGCACGAUUUGAUUGAUAUUAAAUGUGCCCCCAGAGAACACAAAUCUACAGCAAUCGCCGAAUCGACACACCGAAGAUAUUGAAGAAAAGACUCUGUGUGCACCCUACGACCAUGUUCAGAAUCGCCAGAGUCAAUAAUAGUCUUAUAAGAGAGCGAUCGCCCAAGAUGGUCAAGUACUCGAUUCCACAGUUCUGUGCUCCGUUGAGUUCGCUUCACUGUUAAAUAAUCAACUUCCUUGUAGGAAGCAUCUUGUUGUAGAUCAACAACAUCUAAGCUUAGUUUUGUAAGCCAAAACUGCAUCGUUCGAGGGUGUAGAAAAUUGUUCAAAGUAAACCAACAUCUAAUACAUAAUUUACCGUCAUAUAAGCAAACAUUCACACAGUCCUACGAGUGGAAACAAGGCGAAAGGAAUAUCCCAAAAUCUUGACUAUUAUCUUGAAAACAACAUCAAACGAAUCAAAAUGAAGCUCUUGGAAAGUACCAGCUUUGAGGCGAUAAACAACGCUUUGCACAUCCAAACCGGGGACAGUACCAUCCAUGGUCGCAUCGAGAGUUAUUCCUGUAAAAUGGCGGGCAACGAUAAGGCUCUAUACAAACGUUUCACUUCGGAGCAGGCUCCAACCGAUUUGCAGGCCUUAUCGCCACCGCAAACACUGCAGGAUUUCUCGCCGCAAAUCUUCCGUAGCUCAUUAUCUGGAGACGAAGGUGCUACCCUCUGCGAUACGAUUUCACGCAAGACUUUGUUCUACCUGGUGGCUACGCUAAAUUCGGCAUUUGAACCGGAUUAUGACUUCAGUGACGCAAAGAGUCACGAGUUCAGUAAGGAGCCAUCGUUGCAGUGGGUACUCAACUCAAUUGAGAGCAAUCUCUCGGCGGUAGCUGGUGAACAGUAUCACAAGAUCCGUACCGCCCUCUGGUCCACCAUCGAGGAUGAAAUCUCGCUGAACGAUUGUGACAUUUAUAGCUACAAUCCGGAUCUCAACUCGGAUCCGUUCGGCGAACCCGGAUGUUUGUGGUCGUUCAAUUACUUUUUCUACAAUAAAAAGCUGAAGCGCAUCGUUUUCUUCACGUGCAGGGCCAUCAAUUCGGUUUAUGCAGAUUCUGGAUUCAGCAGUGAUUUUGCAAUGGAGGACGAGGAAUGCUACUAAAACUUGAAUCAACUAUUUUGCACUUUCGCCGCACAAUAUGUGAACAUUUAAUGAAAUAACUUUGCUACAUAAUAUUGAUGACCUUCAAAUAACCUUACCCGUUUGAGAAAACAAGCAAAGCCAGUAAUAUUCAAUGUAGACAAUUUGGUACUUUUCAUUUCAUUUCAACGGAAAAUAAUGGUUACUUUACUUAACGAGAAUUAUAUAUUAUUCCUUCAUACUUUCUUUUCAAUGAUUAAAUGCAAAACCGAUUAGGUCAAACAAUGAUUAAACGAUUUAUAUGCUUAGCAGCAGAUUUGCUGAUAGAAUACCCAAACAAUAUUUAAAGACAUUGGAUGGAAACACAAUUUUGAACAAUUUUUGCAAAACACCACACAGCACAGCAUUGUUACGUGAAGGCAGGUGAGAGCUGCGAAGUGAGAAUUUACGUAACCAUGAGUGCGCGAUGCUGGCAAUGCGUAACCAACUGGAAAACACACUUAUUUAGCGUUUAAGGCAUAUUGACUAUUAACGAAAUCAUACAUAUAUAGAUCUAGUACUUCAAAAAAAGUUCUUUGUUUUGUGAUUGCACUGGGUCGAAAUUUGGAUGCGUUUCUCGGGCAUAGCGAAUACUCACUGACAAAAAAAUUCCAUCAUCUACCAAACACUUAUUCAAAUGAUGAGCGCAAAAAAAUAUCGCUAGAGAGUGUCUGAAAAAAACAGAUAUCGAAACCAAGAAAUGCAUAUUCUACAUUUCGUCUCAGCCUGCAGUCGCCAGUUGGUGAGAUUGCCCCUGUUUUUGGUUGCCAACGAGUUGCUUUUCUUGGUAUGGUUUUGGACAAACAUAUAUCAAAUUGAAAACUAACAAACAAAAUGCGGAAAAGCUUCACUCCAGGAAAGUCAUAAAAAUUCGCCAGAAUACUGGAUUUCUCCUGGUGUGGAUAUUCGUUGGUGACCAUCAACAGUACAACAGUACACUCAGUAGGAUAGGGCGGACUUUUUUGGCUGUCAUCGGUCAGUCUACGGAACGCGAUGGCGGUACCGCACGUGAGAACUAUUCUUUUGACUGUACUCUGUGAUAUUAGAUCUUAAGAAAUCAUAAACACAAUUUGUAAAGGGCAACUGAAUUAAAAUGCUUCUGAAAAGUUUUCGCUUUAAAUGGAUAAAAACCUUUUUUUUGUACCGACACAUAGACAAAUACUUUGUCUGAUACUGACAUUUAUCUGAUCCCAACAUAUGAAUCUGACUAUAUAACGAGGAACGAUAUUUGCUUGUCGAGCAUAGGAAACCGUGGUACUCAUCUUAUUGUCAUCACCAUCAAUCGCUGAAGUACAAAAUUACUCAUUGUGAUAAGUAGCUUUAGGAAUAACAUAUCACGGUUAUCCUCGCGGCAAAAUAUAUAUCAAUACGAGAAGAAAAUCUGCCCCUGGAGCUCAAGAAUUUGACUCCUUGUGUAAUGAUGUGACGCAUAAAACCAAUUUAGGAUUUCACCUGAAUUUUCUGUUUCACAUCAAUUGAGUUCGAUUUGUAUUUUUGUUUUGUGCAAUUGGAGGUCAAAUCGAAUAAGUCAAUCAGUCAGUCAAUCAACGAUUGAAGUUAUAGAAAACCAACUUCCCAUAAUGUGAGCGCAUUGAACACAACCAAUAAUAACACCCAAAAAGGUCAAUCACCAUUACUCAGUUGAUUCCACGUCCGAACCAAACAUGGAAAUACACAUACAUCACGUGCUGUUGCUGCUUUAUGUUCGCUGCAGUUCUGACAUAAAAGCAAAAUGGAAACACGCGAUGGAAGCGAAUGCUUCCAUUCGGUGAUACACAAUGAAGCCCAAGGUGUCGACAACCUUUUCCGUUUAAUGUGUUUUCUGAGCGGCCGGCACCCGAGCUGAUUGCGCAAGAUAACAAAAUAUUUAAUUGUUGCGAGCCGUAUACAAUUCGAAUGAUCUCACAACACCGACGCCCCAACUUGCACUAAAAAUAUUUACCCGGUCGAUUAUUGAACCAGUCAUGUUUGAUUGCUACAAAACACCUCCACCAUACUGCAAUGGUGCCAGAAACGAUAAGAAGCAUGCGCUUGUAUAUCCACAUCUACUGAUAAAGACCAGUUUGUAAACAAAGCAUGUAAAGUAAGAUAAUAGGCAUCGAAGACAGGUAUUUCCAGUAGGGGCAGAAUAUCGGGCAAACGUAUCUUUUCAUGGUCGGACCAGCGGAAGCUUUCGGACUAAACACCCCUGAGUUUAACUAUUUUCUUUUACUUUGUGAUGGAUUUUCCGUAAUUAUUGUUCUUCACAUUUGUCCGUAAAUAAACGGUAAGACGAAACGCAAAUAUUUGCAAGAAAACAUUUAUAUUACUCACAUGAUUGUGCACCUUGGAUAAUAUGGUGAUAUAAUAAGGAAACAAUAUUUAUGUGUUUAGUAAUUAGUGCUGUUAAAGAAAGAACACAAGAAUCAUUACAAUGUUGUUUGAAUUAAUAGUUCUCUAUAAUAAACCUAUCUUUCUAAUAAUGAACGAUGAAUAAUCA